AUGGCUCCGUCAAAGGGUGAAGAUGAAGAUAAGGUAUUUCGUCCGUUAAAGGAAGAAUGGCUAAAGGAACAUAAAUAUACGCAACUAAUGGGAAAAAUAAGAGAUUGGGUGAAUGCAUUUGUUGGGAAAAUGAAUGAAAAGGAUGAAGAACAAACGGCUGAAGUGGGAUGCGAAGGAAUGAAGGAAGGAGGCACAGAACAGAUGACGGAGGACGAGGUGGGAGUGUGCAACUUUGUUUUAAAGAAUUUGCUGAAAAUAAAGAAAACAAACAAAGGAAAAAAACAGAGAAAAAAAGUUGAUAUUGAAAUGGAAGAGUAUGUGUAUUGUGCGGUGGUAAAAAUGUGGUCAUUUUUAUACUUAUCUAAACAUUGUGAUAAAAGGGGUUUCAUAGACAAUGUAUUCGGUAUACUGAGGGAACUGGGCACAACACUUAGUGGAGGGGUUCAGCAUAAGCAAUGUGAUUAUAACUAUGUAUUGGAACAUAUGAAAGUAUUGGGACAACCGAUGUUACAACAUAUUUGGAGUGCUAUAGAAAGUAAGAGGGAAGUUAUGACAUUAAUAAAUGCAAACCCAACAGAAAAUCCAGCAAACAGUGCAACUAGCAGAGGUCCUGAAGAUGGGGAGGGGGACAUUAUAGUACGUAUCGAUGCAAAUCCCGGAAUUAGUGUAAAAUAUGCUCCAAGUAACGGGCAACGCACAAAUGAAGAAGCUGUGGUUCUGCAUUUCGGUCCAGGGGGACUUUCUACGGACCGAGAGGAUAACUUGAUUCCAGGGUCGACAACAAUAAAAGGACCGCAGAACCCAUUGAGCACACUAUUGAAGACAACAGUGUCAAAAACAAAUAAAAAAAAAGCAAACUAUAAAUGUCCCAAUAGAAAAAGUGUAGAAGGCGGGUAUUACGCUGACGAGAAUGACGACGGCAAGGAACUAAGUAUUACUGGAUGGUUCACACGUUUUUCGGAGGAUGUAACACAAGAGGAUGAUAAGAAGAACAAUAGAGAAGUGGACACUGUGCUAUACUUGUGUGAAGAUUUGGAUGGAAUUCCUAUUGAUGAUAUGGAAAAGUAUAAGGGUUUCUGUAGAAUUAUGGUAAAGAAUAUAAUAUUGACGACAGGCGUUCCAAAGCAAUAUAAAAACGAAGACGGAGAAAUGCCAUGUGAGAAGAAAGUGAAAAAUAUUCCUGUAUGUGAUUUAUUAAAAGUAUGGAUGUAUUAUAUGCGUAUCUUUUGUGCUCCAAAGGAUGUUAUAGAAAAAAUCCUUGACGCUGUGAAACCAGUGAUGGAGAAAUUGAUAUAUGGAGAUGGAAACUAUGCGGAAUGUUCUUAUGAUGAUGCACUUAAGAUUCCAUAUACAGGACAGAAGAAUGUGGUAGAUGAAGUGUACGAACUAUUUGACACAAAUAUUUUGUAUAAUAAGAUGAAAGAAACAACUAGCAAGAAAACAUGGUGCACAAAGGCGCGAGAAGGCGUAUCACCUGCACUCAGUGAUCUAGUAGAGGAUAAUAGGGUGGUCGCGGGUAAUGGCGACACAAAGAAAUUCAAUGAAAUUGUUCAGCAAGUUGAUAAUAUAUUAGUACAUGAAGAAGAAGAAGAGGAAAAGGAGAAAAAGUUAGACGUCUUAAAAGAAAACAUAAACGAACACGACCAGCAGCUCCAGGAGGACAGUUACAUCCUAAACCUUCUGCUGAUGCAGAAACCCAUGAGAGUCAUAGUUCUUCUUCAGAACCAACUCUCCAAAGAAGUGAAACCCGCUCAGGGGGAGAAGUAA